AUGGGCGUGGCAUCAGGAAUCGGCCAUCUCGUCCAGUCCGUGAUCGAGGUGUUCCAGGGCAUAUUCGCGACCAUCUUUCACAUCUUUGAGGGCGCCAUCUCAGCCGUGCUGCACUUCUUCCAGCUCGUCUUCGACUCGGUGCUGGGCCUGUUCAAGGGCGUCGCGCACUUUGUCGAGAACACGCUCGGCUUUGCGAUCCACAACUUCUUCAUCCUUGGCACGAUUGCCGCCGUCGUGUUCGGGUAUCUGCUCUUCUCGCAGAGGCAAGGUACCACACCCGUCAGCCGGACCAUCAAGAACAAAUAG